AUGCCACUCCGCCGCCGAGCGUGCAGGCCACCGCGUCGUUCCGCCGCGAGAGCUCCGCGGCGGAGGCGGGCCGCACCCGCAGCUCUUCGUCCUCGGCGGCGCGCUCCCCCGCCCCCGCGUCGAGCGCGGCGAGCCCGCCCGCCGCCGCGCCGCCCGACGAGGAGGAGAAUGGUGGACGGCAGACAACAGCCAACUCGGCGCGGACUCACCUGGGAUCGGCUACCGGCGCACCCCGAGCGUGGACGACAUCGUCGACGACGAGACGCUCCCGUGGGGCGAGUCCGUCCGUGGUCGACCUGCGGGCGGGGGAGGAGCGUGGCUCCAGGCCGGCGACCCCUCCUGCCGAUGGAGCUCGGCGGCGUGCCCGUGCUGCGGAGGGCCGAGGCGCCCGCGGUGGGCGCGGACGCCUCUUCGUGGCUCUGGCCGGCGGCCGCCGCGGCCGCGGCCGCGGGCGCCGUGGCGGCCGCGGGCGCUGUGGCGGCCGCGGGCUCGUCCUGGCUGCGGAGCGAGCCGCCGCCCUCGCAGUGGGUGAGUCGCAGGCAACAGGCCGUCCAGCCGAGCCACGACGAUCCCUCCGUCAGGUACGGCCAUGUGUACCACCGGGGCGCCAAGAGGGGGGAGCACGCCCGGCAGCACUACUACAAGUACGUGGGCGAGGGCCAGGGCGAGUUCCAGACGCAGGAGCUGCCGAGGGGCGGCCGUGGGGGCGUCGCGGAGCUCUGGUGGCUGCUCAUACCUUUGUGCUGCUGCUGUGGACGAUGGGUGCCUCUGCUGACGCUGAUACGCAGCGGCAUGGGAGGCGGUGCGGCCAUGGCCCCGGCGGCCGCCCAUGUGCCGUCCGCCGAGCUGGGGUUCGACUGCGACGUCGGGUACUCGAGGGCGCGGGACGAGUACACCUCCGUGGGACUGGACGGCGCGCGCAAGUGGUGCUGCGACCACUACGACAGAGGGUGCCAGCACGAGCAGGGAGGCCCAGAAGAGGAGGGGUACGACUGCAGCAAGGGCGUUGACAGGUGGAGGGAGGCGUGGUCAUCGGACAAGCAGUCCUGGUGCUGCGAGCGGGAGGGGCGAGGUUGCCCGCCCACAACAACGUCGACCACGGAGUACCAAUACAACUGCUCCGACGUGGCGCCCGGCUGCCUGGAGUGUAUGGAGGCGGAGUGGCCAAAGGAGAAGGCGAAGUGGUGUUGCUUGAGGAUGGGGCUGGGAUGCGGCGUGAUCGAGCCCCAGAAGGUGCGGUUCGACUGCCAGGCCGGGUACGACCGCUGGAAAACGGGGUGGUCCCCUCAGAAGAAGGAGUACUGCUGCAACACGACUGGCGUCGACUGCGACGAGGUCGACGAGUCCCCGAGUGCGACCAGCUCGAAGGCCGACCAUGACCGUGGCGCGGCGGCCGAGGCCACGACCACGACGACGAUGAUCGUGGUGGGCUCGCGCACCUGCAAGGACCGGAGCGGAGCCAGCGACGCGUAUUGCGGUACCUGUCGGCACCUCGUCCGCAUGGGGGCGUUCACGAGCUGCGACAACUACUGUCAGAGUUUCGGGCAGUUGUGCUUCCGGGCGGCGCAGGACAACAGCGCGAAGGUCGGGCAAGGUCCGUGCGAAGUGCAGAAGCAGGUGGACUGCGGCGACACCCUGGACCUCGACGAGCUGGCAUCCGACAACUCGUCCCUGGAGCGCCCCAUCCCUCCAUCAUGA